AAACAGCGGACCCAGUUAAAUACAUUUAUACCCCAUAACCCGCUAUUGCGGAUCCUCUUCUUCUUUUUCUCUCCCGAAUGUACUCUUAUCGUCGUGAAAGCGGCAGCAUGGCGACCGGCGCGAGGGACAUAUUCAACCCCAACGAGCUUUCCCACCAGGUCUCUCGCAGCCUGAGCUUUUCUGCCCAGUCUCCGCCGUCCAGCUAUGGUACGAGCGGCACACCAUUUGCCAGCCGGGUUCCCGCACCGUUUCCAUUGAAACAAUUGAAGCCGUUUGCUACGGAGGAUAUAAAGAUCUUGUUGCUGGAGAAUGUGAACAAGACAGGCAGGGAUAUCCUGAAGGAACAGGGGUAUCAGGUGGAGUUUUAUAAAUCUUCCCUGCCGGAGGAUCAAUUAAUCGAAAAGAUCAGAGAUGUGCACGUCAUCGGCAUACGAUCCAAAACGAAGCUCACUGCUAAAGUUCUUAGUGAAGCUAAGAAUCUAAUAGUCAUCGGAUGUUUCUGCAUUGGCACGAAUCAAGUCGAUCUCCAAUUCGCCGCUGACCAUGGUAUUGCCGUGUUCAACUCUCCCUUUAGCAACUCGCGUAGCGUUGCCGAGUUGGUGAUCGGAGAGAUCAUUGCUCUCGCUAGACAGCUAUGCGACCGUUCAGCAGAAAUGCAUAGCGGGAUGUGGCAGAAAGUGAGCAAUAAAUGCUGGGAGGUUCGAGGGAAGACACUUGGUAUCGUCGGAUACGGUCACAUUGGCUCUCAGCUCUCAGUUCUCGCCGAAGCUAUGGGCAUGUCGGUCAUUUACUAUGAUGUGCUCAACCUGAUGGCCAUGGGGACUGCUCGUCAAGUUGCUACGCUAGACGAACUUCUCGCAUCUGCGGAUUUUGUCACUUUACACGUCCCCGAGCUCCCAGAAACCAAGAAUAUGAUCAGCGGUGCUCAACUCGAGAAAAUGAAGGAUGGAAGCUAUCUCAUCAAUGCCAGUCGCGGCAGCGUCGUGGAUAUUCCUGCCCUUGUUCAGGCUAUGCGUUCCGGGAAGGUUGCCGGUGCAGCUCUUGAUGUGUACCCUAGUGAACCGGCCGGUAAUGGCGACUAUUUCAAUAAGGACCUAAAUACCUGGGCCGAAGAUUUGAGAUCGUUGAAGAACCUUAUCCUUACACCGCAUAUCGGUGGAAGCACUGAGGAGGCUCAGAGCGCCAUCGGCAUCGAAGUUGCAAAUGCCUUGGUGCGUUAUGUGAACGAGGGCACUACCCUCGGUGCUGUCAACAUGCCAGAGGUUACACUGCGUUCAUUGACUAUAGAGGAGCCCAACCAUGCUCGAGUCAUUUUCAUCCAUCGAAACGUUCCUGGUGUGUUAAGAAAAGUUAACGAGGUCCUCGCAAAUCACAAUGUCGACAAACAAAUGACGGAUAGCCGCGGCGAUGUCGCCUACCUAAUGGCUGAUAUUAGUGAUGUCAACUCAUCAGAUAUUAAAGAACUAUACCAACAACUCGAAAGCCUGUCAUCUCGAAUAAUGACUCGGGUCUUAUUUUAAUCUAAGACAUAUUUAGGAGGGAACUUGGAUGUUUAUGAAUUCAGGAGGACAUGAUUCCGCUACAUCAAUAAAAAAAAAAAAAGUUUAUAUUCUUCAACAGGUCAGCAUGUCGACGACUGGCGUUCUUUCAACAUGAGUGGGAUAGAAACGAGGAUAGGCAAAGGGAUUCUAUGGAAAUACCGCUUUA